AUGGAAGAUGAUGAAUGGGAGACUCGAACAGAGGCAGUCAAGAAAGGUGGUGAAUGGGUGAUUAAAGGCUCAGAAUUUUGGGUUGUUACUGGUGGAGUUGCUUCUAUGUUCAUUGUUUUAGCACGUACUGAGCUUAAUCUUAAUGCUCCAAUCGAAGAAUCAUUUACCGCUUUUGUUGUUGAUGGAAAUUCCAAAGGUCUGUCUCGUGGAAAAAAGAGAAUGGAUCAACGCUGUAUUAAUGCUCAAAGAAUUACUUUUCGGGAUGUUGUUGUUCCCUCGACAAAUAUUAUUGGAAAUCUUGGCGAAGGAAUGAAAAUCGCAAGGAUGACAUUUGACAAAAUUGGACCAGCUAAAUCUGCAUUUGCAAUUGGACUUGCUUCUAGAGCUUUGGAUGAAACUAAAAAUUGUUCAAUCGAAGGGAAGGCUAAGACUGAUCCCAAUGUAAUUUUUACGUAUUUUAGUGAGGCUUGUUCACAUUUUCAUGUUCUAACUUUGUUUACUCGUGAAUAUGUUUGGAGUUCGAGUCAUUUUUUUCGGGUCUCAUUUUUUCGGGCCGGCCCGUCCGAGUCUUUUUCGGGCCAAAAUUCGAUGCUCGACUCGAUCUUUCGGACCGGACCCCAAACCCUACUCGAGAAGACAAGUUCAUCUGAAUUCCUUUCACGUGCCUAAUUGUAAAAUACUCUACAUACCUACUCGAUUAAUUCCCCUGGGGAAUUUUUUCAACCCAUCAGCAUGGGGAAUUAUUCAAGGAAGGGGAAUUAUUCGAGUUUUAAAUUGAACCUGUAGUAGGGUAUUUGGGGGAGGGGAAUUAUUUCCUAACUCAUCCGUAGCAGGGGGAAUUAUUCGAGAGAGAGAGGAAUUAAUCGAGUAAAUACGGCAUUUAAUUUUAACUUGAAAUAAUUCAGAGUUCUUUCUCACAACAGCUUCAAUCUCUUUCCUUUUCCCUUGAUGAUUUGGCAUUUAACUUGGAGCAUUCGCGUAAGCUUACUCAUAGAGCUGCUCAGGCAUUUGAUUAUGAUGCUUCACUUAUUGUUAGUAAGCGGAUCUUUGGAAAUUCUCAAAAUGAUAGAAUCUUUGCCGAUGCUGCUCUAGAGAUUUUUCAAAAGAAUGGAUUUAAUAAACAUUUUGAUAUUUUGAAGACUGAGCGAAACAUUCACUUUUUAUUCCACAAGUCUCAUUGUAAACUGGAGGAUGGAUCAAAUGUUUGUAAAGUGGCUUCUCCUGCUAUGUUUCCAUUUAGACGUCUGGACAGAAAUUUAUCUAUGUAUAGGUGUGAAAAGGUAUUUGUUUAUAUUGUUCAAUAUUUUAAUGGUUUAAUUAUAGACAGGACCAGUUCGAGA